CUCCUCUUUCCCACCUCGACCAUCUUCAACUAGUAGCCGUACACCUCUUCGAGAUCUCGAACAUGUUCGCUCGUUCAACGAUGACUGUGUUCUCUGUGCUUUUGCUUGCUCUCCUUGCGGUCGCCACCAAUACUCCUCCGCCAACCACAACCACUGUUACUGUAACUGCCCCUGCAGCUACAGUGACGGCUGUCAAUCAGUGUAAUACUGGUUCGAUCCAAUGUUGCAACCAAGUCGUAACUGCUGAUUCUGGCCUCGGAGGACUUCUUCUUGGCUUGUUGAACAUAGUCGUGACUGACUUGAACGUGCUGCUUGGAGUUGAAUGCGACCCCAUCACCGUGAUAGGUGGCGGCGGUAGCGCUUGCGACGCUCACCCUGUUUGUUGUGAGAACAAGUCUAUCGGAGGCUUGAUUUCUAUUGGCUGUAUUCCCAUCAUCAUUAACUUGUGAAGUCCAGUUGUAGUUGUGUCAUGAGCGUAUGGGUAUACGGGAGAGUUUGUACGCGCACUAUGGGAUGAAUAUGACGUCG